GUUCGGCAAUCGCCACAACUGAAGCAAACCGAGCUCAAAAAACGACGACAACCAACAUCCCCAUCGACAACACAACCAAAGUCGAAGACAGACCAACCAACCAACCCACGAGAACGCAGAGAAGCAGAGCGGGGCGACUUGGGGUCUCCACUGUCACACAAACGCAACCACACACACACAAUGUCGUACGAUCGUGCGAUUACGGUGUUCUCACCGGAUGGCCAUCUGUUCCAAGUCGAGUAUGCACUGGAGGCGGUUCGCAAGGGAACAACAGCGGUUGGCAUCCGUGGCAAGGACUGUGUCGUGCUGGCGGUUGAGCGCCGGUCGGCCAUGAAGCUGCAGGACACACGCACCGUGAGGAAGAUUGCCUCCAUCGAUGAUCACAUUGCCGUCGCCUUUGCUGGCCUCACUGCAGACGCGCGCGUCCUUGUCAACAAGGCCCGUGUCGAGAGCCAGAGCCACCGUCUCACCGUCGAGGAUGCACCCACCGUCGAGUACAUGACCCGCUUCAUCGCCGCCACAAAACAGACAUACACACAGAGCAAUGGCCGGAGACCAUUUGGUGUUUCCGCGCUCAUUGUUGGCUUCGACCCAGAUGGCACACCCCGCCUGUUCCAAACAGAACCAUCAGGAAACUACUCUGCAUGGAAGGCGAAUGCGAUUGGCGGCCCACGUGCCAAGACGUGCCGGGAGUACCUUGAGAAGAACUUUACUGACGAGGCUGUGGAGACGCAGGAGAAGGCGCUGCUGCUGGCAGUCAAGGCCCUGCUCGAGGUGGCCCAGUCUGGCAGCAAGAACAUCGAGGUCUCGGUCAUGCGCAAGGACACAACACUCAAGGUGUUGUCGAGUGAGGAGAUUGAAGCUGUGGUUGCCCAAGUUGAGGCUGAGAAGGAAUCGGAUACCGCCGAGGCAGCAACGGCGUCAGCGUCGUCUUGAAUGCGAAGCGUGCGGCCUGUCACGCAACCCGUUUCUUCCUUUGUGUUUGUUACAAUCACCAUUAUACACACUGGAAACACCGUGCA